GUGAAAGGUCCACGAGUGGAAACUAGAGAAGAGAAACACCAUAAAAAUAUAAAGCAACUGGAGUUUCUGAGAGAAAGACACAAAGAGCUGAUGUCUGGAGCAGUGACAAUGAGAGAAGCUGAAAGAGCUGGAGGAGACUGAGAAAGAAGAGGAAGCCAGCAGAAAACAAGCCAGAUACAUUCACUGCUGGUGAAAGAAGUUUCAACAAAUUCAGCAGCGUUUUUAAGAUUCCCAGUGCCGUGCACACAGAUCUGGUACACAUACAAUAAUCACACAGAUUAGACACCACAGAAAAAACAUAUCCGUUUGGGGGAAAAACUGAUGGAGUCUUCAAAGAAUUAACAGAGCUGGUUGAAUGAUAUGAAACAUAUUUUGGAGACUGGAAGCUAUUAAUCUGGUUCCAUGUUAUUCCUGCAGUCACAUUCUUUGCUAUUCACCAGUAUUUGAAUAGCCAUCGGGUAUUUGUGAAAAUGUCUGCGCAUUGCCAAAGUUUCCUGAAUUUUAACUCCAGUGAUUACCUGUCCAAACCUUCAUCCCGGGAAAUACGUUUUUCAUUAUUUACUAUUCAUUAUUUUUUUAUUUUAAACGUUUCAGCCAUCCAGUCAGGGAGCAGAAACAAUUCCAUGGGACCUAGGUGAUCAGUCAAACCCCCACGAAUAAUGAAUAGUAAAUAACUUGUGGACAACCCAUAGAUUGAGAUUUAUUUGCACAAACCCACUGGUGAAUACAUGCACAUUGCAAAGAUGCUCAGGCACAGGAGAAAGGGCUGAACUCACAGCACAGGCCGAUCGCAAUGACCCAUCGUUCAGCCAGCUCUAGUAGAUAAUACCUGUAUGUGGGCCACGAACGGUAACACCAUGUUCCAGGCUGCCCUGGUUCUCUGUGGGGAUGAGAAGCCCUAUAAAUGCAGCGAGUGUGGGAAAGGCUUUGGGCAGGAGAAGAUCCUCCGAGAGCACCAGCGAAUCCACACAGGUGAGAGGCCGCACAAAUGCGCUCACUGCGGGAAAAGCUUCACCUGGAGCACCAGCCUGAUCAAGCACCAGCAGAUCCACACGGGCGGCAAGCUGCACGCCUGCACUGAGUGUGAAAAGAGCUUCCGGUGGCGGCACAGCCUCCUGCAGCACCAGUCUGUGCACACCGGCGCAAAGCCGCACACCUGCGCCCAGUGCGGCCGCAGCUUUGUGGAGAAGCAGGCGCUGAAGAAACACGAGAGCAUCCACACAGGAGAGAAGCCCUUCACCUGCAGCGAGUGCGGGAAGAGCUUCCGGCAGAAGGGCAACCUGGUGUCGCAUGAGAGGAGCCACCUGGAGGAGAAGCCGCACCGAUGCCCCGAGUGCGGGAAGUGCUUCCGGGAGCAGCGCUUCCUAGCCAACCACCAGCGCACCCACACCCAUGAGCGGCCCUACCAGUGCGCCCAGUGCCAGAAGAGCUUUAGUGCCAAGCAGGGGCUCCGCAUCCACCAGCGCCUGCACACCGGGGAGCGGCCCUUCCAGUGCCCCCUGUGCGGGAGGAGCUUCACCGAGAGGAAGAACCUCAACAAGCACCAGCGGACCCACAGUGGGGAGACCCCCUACACCUGCGGGGAGUGCGGGAACAGCUACACCCAGAAGUACAGCCUGAAGGUACAUCAGCGAACCCACAGCGGGGAGACCUCCCACACCUGCAGUGAGUGUGGGGAGCGCUUCAAGCAGAGGAACCACCUGGUGAGCCACCAGCGGAGCCACCAAGCCGGAAGCCUCUACAUAUGCGCCGAAUGUGGGGAGAGCUACAGCCAGUGGGCGCAUCUUACCGCCCACGAGAGAAUCCACACCAGGCAGAGCCAGCCAGCGUGCACUGAAUACGGGUCCUCUCACGUCCAGUGCAGUCAUGGGCCCCUCCAGGAGCUCCCAGUGGAGUUCAGAGCUAUCGGCUCUGUAAAGCUUUUAGCACGAUGUCAGGCUCAUGUCAGGGCUUUGUCUCCCAGAGAGCCUUUCUGGCUGAAGCGCUUCCCGCAGUCGGGGCAGGCGAAGGGCCGCUCCCCGGUGUGGAUGCGCUGGUGGGUGACGAGGCCGCUCUUGCAACUGAAGCUCUUCCCGCACUCGUCGCAGGUGAACGGGCUCCCCCCUUGGUGGGUCUUCUCGUGUGUCACCAGGAACGUGCGCUGGCUGAAGCUCUUCCCGCACUCGGCGCACUGGUACGGCCUGUCCCCGCUAUGGGUCCUCUGGUGGCUGGCGAGCGUCUGCUUCUCCUUAAAGGACUUGCCACAGUCGCUGCAUUCAAAAAAACGGAUCUGGGGCCCUCAUUAUCUGCGGAGUUCCAGCCAAGAAAGCCCAUCUACACCCGGUUCAUUCCAGCACCGGAGGGGAAUGGCUGAGGAGAUCUCCGCUCAGAGGCUGGUAACAUUUGAGGAUAUCAGUGUCUAUUUCUCCCCGGAGGAGUGGGUGAUUUUGGAAGAAUGGCAGAGAGAGCUUUACCGGGACGUCAUGAGGGAGAAUUAUGAGCUUCUGAUCUCAAUGGCAGGUCAUUCUGUUACGAAACGUGACCUCCGGCCGCAGACCGAGCGAGGGGAGGAGCUGCCACGUCCCAGGGCAUGGAGCGACGCAGAGGAAAAGGGGACGCUGCAAAGGUGCUUCACAGAUGAUGACAACUUUACUAUAAAAUCAGAACCUCCUGACCCCUUACCAGAGAGAUCAGAAGAGAGUCUCUCCAUGUCUCCAGACUGGAGAAAUGCCUACAAGAUCCAGUGCAAGCCACAAAGGCAACAGAUGUACCAUGCAGGAGCCAAGCAUGAGAAGCUAACUAUAAAAUUAGAGCCAAGUGAGCCCUCAUCAGAAAAGUCUGAAAAAGAUCUUUCCACAUCUUCAGACAUCUACAGGAUCCAGUGCAAACCAGAAAAGCAGCAGAUGAACCUCACCAGAGCAGAGAGUGAGAACCUUACAGUGAAAUUAGACUCACCCGAACUAUCACCUGAACAAUUCAAAGACACUGUUCUUGAGUCUUCGGAUUGGGACAGCAUCUUCGGGAUCCCUUGCAAAUCAGGAAGGCAGCCAGUGAGCCCCAUUGAAGCAACCCAUGAGACCUCUGUUAUAAAACUGGAGGUACCGGACCGAUCAUCAGAAACACGGCAAGAGAAUGUGGCCAUGAAUUCAGACUGGGGGAAUGUCUGCAGGCUCCCAUGCAGAUCACAAAGGCAGCUGAGGAGCACUCUAGAGGCUGAGGCUGAACAAUCCAGCUUUGGCAACAUGAAGAAUUUUGCACUUUUCCAAGAACACCUGAAGAGAGAAAUGCCAUACGUGUGCAUGGAAUACGAAGACAACUUUGCAGAUCAGGUUGGCCUGGAACCACACCAGGGAAAGCUCCCACUGGAGGCUCCGUUUAACUGGACUGAUUGCGGCAGCAGCUUUGGGCCAAUGUCCCUUCUCAUGACUCAUCAGAAAACCCACAUGGGAGUGAGGCCGUACAUCUGCACCGAGUGCAAGAAGGGCUUCAAUCACAAACAAGACCUGAUACGGCAUUACCGUAUCCACACGGGAGAGAGGCCCUAUCAGUGCACUGAAUGCGGGAGAAGCUUCAUCCAGAAAACGCAUCUUAUAACGCACUUCCGAAUCCACACGGGCGAGAGGCCGUUUCCAUGCACCGAGUGUGGGAAAAACUUCAGGAAGAAAACCCACCUGAUGCGGCACCAGAGGACUCACUCGGGAACUCGGCCGUUUCCCUGCUCUGUAUGCCAGAAGAACUUCAGCCACAAGCAAGAUCUCGCCAGGCACCAGCAGAUCCACACAGGGGAACGGCCGUUCACGUGCACCGAGUGUGGGAAGAACUUCAGCUGGAAGAAGAAUCUCAUCACCCACCAGCGUAUCCACACGGGGGAGCGGCCUUUCAGCUGCGUCAAGUGUGGGAAGAGCUUCAGCUGGAAGAAAUACCUCAUCACGCACCAGAAGACCCAUGAGGAGAAGAGACUGUACAACUGCCCUCACUGCGACAGGAGCUUCUGCCAGAAGUCCGUGCUCACCAUGCACCAGAAGACGCACCUCGAGAGGCGAUCCUACACCUGCGCCAUAUGUCAGAGGAGCUUUGGCCACAAGCAGGACCUCAUAAGGCACCACCGGAUCCACACCGGAGAGAGACCCUUCACCUGCAGCGAAUGCGGGAAGAGCUUCAGCCAGAAGACUCACCUGGUUACCCACUUCAGGAUCCACACAGGUGAGAGGCCAUUCCUGUGCAGCGAAUGCGGGAAAGGGUUUAGCAAGAAAACCCACCUGAUGAGGCACCAGCAAAUCCACACAGGGGAACGGCCCUUCAGGUGCACCCAGUGCGACAAAGGCUUCAGCUGCAAGAAGAACCUCCUUACCCACCAGCUGAUGCACUCGGGGGACGUGACCCUCUAUGCCUGCACCGAGUGUGAGAAGAGCUUCACCUGGAAGAAGAACCUCAUCACCCACCAGAAGAUCCACGCGGGGAAGAAGCCGUUCGUCUGCACCGAGUGCGGGAAGAGCUUCAGCCAGAAAACCCACCUGAACGCCCACCAGCGCAUCCAUACCGGAGAGCGGCCCUUCCCCUGUGCCCAGUGCGGGAAGGCCUUCAGCCAGAAGUCCAUCCUCAUCACACACCAGAAGACCCACCUGGGCAGCCGGCCCUAUGCCUGCACAGAGUGCGAGAAGAGAUUCAGCCACAAGCAGGACCUGAAGAGACACCUGAGGAUCCACACAGGAGAGAGGCCCUAUGCAUGCACCGAGUGCGGCAAGAGCUUCAACCAGAGGACACACCUCAUCACGCACUACAGGAUCCACACUGGGGAGAGGCCCUUCCCCUGCGACCUCUGCGGGAAGCGCUUCAGUAAGAAAACACACCUCAUGAGGCACCAGAGAGUGCACGCAGUGGUAAAGCCGCACAUGCGCUUACUCAACAUGGGGGCCAUCGCCAUGGGGAGCCAGAUUUCAGUCUCGGUUGGAAGUCCUAUCUCACUCGGGGAUCCGCUGAAGGAGGAGACCAUAUACAUUUACCAGCUGUGAAAGAAGAGCAACACUAGACACCUGCCCAAUGGAGCUGAGCAAGGAAGGUGCAAAGAAGAAGCUUCUUGUAAAAUAACCACUCAGAAUCCAGACACUGCUGAAUGUGAGAGAAGCUUCACUCUUGCUCCACAGCAAGGCCACAUGCCUGGACCCAGUAUGCAGGAGCAGGUCCAGUCUAACCGUCCAGCUCCUGUUCCCACCAACAAAUGCACACAGAGCAGAAUCCGUGUCUAUUUAUCAGGCUGAAGUCUGCAGAUAAGCUUUAUAGCACUCCAGGGACCAGCCUAGUGCUGGGACUCUAGAGGAAAGGUUCGUCUCCUCUCUAAGGUUAAUUAGUGGCCUCACACAAAGAACAUACUUUGGCCCAAAUUUGCAGCAAGUUGCCUUAGUUGUGCAUGCAGAAGUUGAGUGCAUCUAUCUGUGCCCCCAAAAGUGCAUCAGCCUAUGCAAGAUGAGCAACUGCAUGCACAAAGCAUGCUUGGGAUGCAAUAUUUGUAAGCACAGUUAAAGAGUCCCCCUGGAAACACGUCUCUUUGUAUCCUGGAUGUAAGAAGAACGUCCAUCACAACUAGACAUUUUAAAGGUCACAAGACAGUCCACAUAGACAUUCACAGGAAUCUACCGGGAGGAAUAUAAGCUUCACUACUAGGUCCCGCUUAAGUCUACUCUGCAGAUCUGAACCAGGAGAGCAAAGACAGAACUGCAAUGCAUAUGUGAAAAGCUGCUAUCGAUGUUUAUAUGUAAAUUACAAAUGGGAUCAUCGCAGGAAUCAACAAACAACAAAGACUGCCCUCAAUUGUACAGUAACCCCUGAAAACGUGAGAAAUGGGGGGACACAGCGUCCAGCAUGUAGAAUGUUUUCAAAAGAAGAGGAGUAAAGGAAUAACCAAGAUACCCUGUUAUCACCUCUGUCAGCCACUCCCCUGCACCCCAUAUCUGCAGGGUGGCAGAGGACACUGAACAUGAAUUGGCAGGAAGCCGUAGUGGGAAACUGUUUUGAACAGAACCAUCAUUUCUCCUUGAACUGCUCCUGGAAGUACUGGAGAGUGUUUCAGUGGCGCAUCAGCACAUGCUGCAGUGACCAAACCAGGGGCUUUCCAUUCAGACCAUGGGAAUGUCUACCUAGCUCUUCUCUCAUUUGGCUCGUAUCUCCGCAGCGGAGAGCAGCUCGAUGGGAUUCAGAACCGGGCGCACCAUGAGAGUCCGAGCACCGUCUGCUUCCCCACAGGGACCCAAGGCUGUUGUUGCAGACGUUAGAUCUAGCUUGCAAAACGAGCGUGCUGAGUAUCAGACACGCUCACCAGCGUCUAGCCAUGACACACUAACGGCUUAAAUUCGUCCGGAGCAGACCUCUGGUAAAUAUUCCCAAGCCCCAGUGCCACCCUCUGGCGUGGAGCCCCCACACCUUCCCUGAGCCCUGGUGUGCCCUCCUUCUCCUCCCCCCAUUGCGGCUAUAUCCCAGAGCCCCACCACAGGACAGAAUCCCUGAGCUCACCCCACCAGCCCAGUGGCUGAAGCCCUGAGCCUCCCCUCCACCCUGCUGGGCCCUGGAGUUUUUAUAGCAUGGGGGGGGCACUCCGAAAAAUAAUCUGUAAGAAUUUAAGCUCUGCCCACUAAUACUAUAGCCUCUGCUACAGGGGAUAGUGUUAUACCAAUAAAAUAAAAACCAGCAGGAUCUUAUUAAAAGGGAAAAGGCAAAAUACUACAUUUAUUGUGAAUAC